CAAGCAGUCCAGUGUGUGCUCAUCAUUCACCACUGUCACAGUAUCACCCUCUUCAUUACCUACAAAACCCAGUAGUUGCAGAGAAAUUAGGCCCCAUAUCAUAUGGCAACCAUGGCCACGGUAAGUCUCACCUCAUCUAUCUCCAAAAACCCUAAACCUUCCUUCUUCGACAACAAGUCAGCCUUCCAUGGCCUGCCCAUUGCAUCUCGCGUCCAAACCAUCAAGUCCACUGCCGCCCCACAGAACGUCUCCGCCAUCAUAGCCGCCGCCGCCCCUCCGCCGUACGACCUCCAGUCCUUCAGGUUCGAACCCAUCAAAGAAUCCGUGGUGUCCCGUGAAAUGACCCGCAGAUACAUGAUGGACAUGAUCACGUACGCCGACACCGACGUCGUGGUCGUCGGGGCCGGCGCGGCUGGCCUCUCGUGCGCCUACGAGAUCAGCAAAAACCCCAACGUCAACGUGGCCAUCAUCGAGCAGUCCGUUAGCCCCGGCGGCGGCGCGUGGCUCGGCGGCCAACUGUUCUCCGCCAUGAUCGUUCGGAAACCGGCUCACAAAUUCCUCGACGAGCUGGAGAUCCAGUACGACGAGCAGGAUGACUACGUUGUGAUCAAGCACGCGGCCUUGUUCACGUCGACAAUCAUGAGCAAGCUACUUGCCCGGCCGAACGUCAAGCUGUUCAACGCGGUGGCGGCGGAGGAUUUGAUCGUAAAAGGCGGCAGAGUCGGCGGAGUGGUGACCAACUGGGCUCUCGUCUCGAUGAACCAUGAUACGCAGUCUUGUAUGGACCCGAACGUGAUGGAGGCUAAGGUGGUGGUGAGCUCUUGCGGCCACGACGGCCCGUUCGGAGCCACCGGCGUUAAGAGGCUGAAAAGCAUCGGAAUGAUUGACAGUGUGCCUGGAAUGAAAGCGCUUGACAUGAACACGGCGGAAGACGCCAUUGUUAGGCUUACCAGGGAGAUUGUUCCCGGCAUGAUUGUCACCGGAAUGGAGGUCGCCGAAAUCGAUGGAGCUCCAAGAAUGGGCCCCACAUUCGGUGCGAUGAUGAUAUCGGGCCAGAAGGCGGCCCAUCUGGCACUGAGGGCUCUGGGCGAGCCCAAUGCUCUUGAUGGGACAUACAGUGAAGAGGGAAGCCUUCAACCAGAGCUCAUACUUGCUGCUGCAGAGGCAGGGGAGAUUGUCGAUGCUUGAUGAGAUUCAAGAAAGACGAUUAAUUUUACAUAAUCGAGCGGACAGAACGAUAUGUAGAUUAGUUUGGGCCAUGUUGUUUCGCAAUUUUCAGAAGCUGUUGAAGAAAAGUUGAAAUCUUUUGUAGUUGAAGUUCCAAGUUUCCGAUCAUGGCUGGCUGUGUUGCCCCUUCAAUAAAAAUUUCUCACAACCUUCCCAGCA